AUGUUCAGUAGACUCCUUGAUGAGCUCGAAGAGCUCCUAGGAACAUUCCCCGCUCUCCCGGCACUGGUGGCUGGCGAAUUUAAUUCCCGGUCCAGCAGAUGGGACCCAGAAGGCAGGAGCAACAGUAGAGGCACGCCGGCGGCCGGCGUCCGCCUCUCGGACUGUAGGGUGGAAGAGGCUGAGUCCCUCUCGGACCACCAAUAUAUCAGAUAUAGUUAUACGCACGAGGCUGCAGUGGUCCGAAAUUAUCGUCCGCGAGAUAAAAAGCGCCUUCGAUGGAAGGUUAACGCUUUAUAUGAGGUCUACCUUGCUGCGGCCGUCAUUUCAAGAGAGAGGACAGGUGGAAAUAUGUACGGAGGGAGUAUGACCGGAGUGGAUUGUGUGGAGAAGAUGGUGAAGUGGGCACAGUCCACAAUGAAAGAAGCAUGCGUCAUGGCCAUGCCCCGGGUGAGGGGGCAAACCCGCGUUAAUAAGUGUACUUACUGGUGGUCGGACGAACUAACGAACCUGAGGGCCGCUGCGACGGCCACCGUAAGGAAACUGUCCAGAACCAGGAAGAAGAAGAACAGUGAAGAAAUAGUGCAGUGCCUGGACGCUCGAAGGGACGCUAGGAGGGCACUAAAUAAGUUGAUCCGGGAAGCCAAGAAGAACUCUUGGAAGGACCUGUUGGACUCCAUAGAGGAUGACCAAUGGGACAGAUCCUAUAAACAAGUAUUAGGGAUAUUUAGACUUUAUGCCCCACCAGUAGCUGAAACCCUAGAAGUUGAAAUACUGGAUAAUAUCCUCUCCGAGUUAUUCCCAGGAGGAACGGGAACUGGUGAGCCGCAGGAUCCCGCACACUCAGAGGUGGUUAUCUUUGUGGAGGAUGUCUUGGAUGCUGCCAGGAAAGGGACAGGAAGAAAGGCUCCUGGAUAUAUGGAAUACCGGGUGUGGUUGUGCGUGCUGCGUCGACACAUUUUGGGAAAGGGUUGGCGCGGUGCUUCUCUGCAUUCUUGA